AUGCAAUACCCUUCAUCACCGAUGUACGGAACUACUGGGAAUGUAGCAGGAGCAGGUCAAGCGGUAGAACAGCCUUGGCAAAACGAUUACCACUCUGAAUACGUCCCACCGAACACGGGUUAUUCACAUCAAUACAGCAAUUCGGUCAGUACAAGUCAGUACAAUGGCGGCGGUUACACGCAGGUCAACUAUUCCGAUAAGAACAUCAACAAGGAUCUAAUCAAUAAGAUGAACGCGAUGAAAAUGACUUCUGGCACUAGCGGCAGUAAUCCAGCGUCUAACUACGAUAACGUAAAUUCGCAGGCGUAUGGCGGGUACAAUAAUUAUCCUGUCCCGUCGACUGCCGCAUACACAGCGGUGGUAGGCGCGACAACCGUGCCGGCAAUCGCGACUUCGCAGAGCUCCCGGCCGCCGAGCGUUAAUUACGCGCAACGACCGGAACAAUACACGCCCGAUGCAAGCAGUGGCCCGAAUUACGCGGCUUACAGCAAUUACUCCACGAAUACAGCGCCUGGCCUCACGACUGAUAUCACCGCGAGCGCAACAAACUAUAAACAAUACGCGGAUCAGCCUAAUAAUUACUACCCCCCACAACAAGCGGCAGGUAAUUACUACAAUUAUGCGUCUACGGGCGUGCAACCACCGCAAUCUCAACCGGCGGCCACCGAUAGUGUCAAUCAGUAUCCGACGCAAUAUCAAUACUAUCCCGCGGAUGCCUCCAAUCAAGCCUAUACGCCGAAUGCGUACGCGGGAUAUUCAAGCGGCAAUUACGCCUCCAACUACAACACUUCAGCGCCAGCCGGAAGUAGUACUGCCGGAAACUACACGCAAUAUCCUUAUAGUGUUGAGACGAAUGCGGAGAGCUAUCCGUAUGUGAGCGGCAGCGCACAGCCUCCGGCUUUAAACACUGCUACACCCCCGCCGGCGAACUACAAUCAAAACUUGCCGAAUUCACCAUAUGCCGCGAAUUCUACGCCACCACCGACGCAGCAAACACCACAGGCGACGCCGACACCCACACCACCACCCCCUGCU